AUGGAAGAUGAAGCCCUGACCAUGAAAUGCUUGCUGGAUUUGGGCCUUGAUGCCAAUGCGAAGGAUUUCAAGGGCUGGACUCCGUUAAUGCACGCAUGUGCUCGCGGUGCCGAUGAAGUGGUUCGAGUGCUCGUGGACUUCACGGCGGAGAUUGAUGCCCGCAACUGGGAUGGUGACACCGCUCUGCAGAUCACACAGCGUCGACGUGACCCUGCAGAUGUCGUCGCUGUCACCAAGGACAUUCUGCUGGAUGGAAUCAUGAGCACGGACGAGCCAGCCAAGGGCGGCGCCGUGAAAGCCCACGGUCACAUGAUGGUCUCCGUGCUGGAGGCAACGGAUUUGUACCUUGAAGGCAAGACUGGCUUUGUGAAUGCGUAUGUGAAUCUUCAGCUCCGAACACAAGCAGGAGCAAGACCUCAGGCUGCGUUCACUUCCUGUGUUUUGCAGAACUCAUCGCCUGAGUGGCAUGAAGUCUUUCGCUUUGACACCCAAUCUUUGGAUCCCAGUGCUUGCUUGGUUGCUUGGGUCGUUGCAGCCCCAGGGGAGAACACCAAAGAGGUCAUGGACGGAGCGGCUCUAGGUUUGGAUGAGGAAGAACUGCAGAACCUCUCCCACAUGGAAGCGGUCACUGGAAAGACCUUACAUCAAGUGAAACCCCAAUUCACAUCUGCUUUACAGGAAUCUUUUCAGAGACUCAUGAAGCGAGCGGAUCGUGAAGAAGACUCAGAGGUCUUGAGACUGCGAAAGUUGGCCAUGGCUCAACUGACGGGGACAGAGCCUACAGAAGAUUUAAAGCUGUCCACCACUCAAGUGAAGGGUGAAGAUGGACUGGCGCUGACGGAGAGAAGAUGGAACGAAGUCUCCAACCUCCGAGAGGUUCUAGCUCGCAGUGGCUGUGAUGUGCCAGAGCCGCUGGUCCCUCGCACGCACCUCCCGCUAGGGUGUGUUGUGGUGCGCUACCGACACCUUCGACAAGCUGUUUGGGGCAGUGAGCCCGUGACUGUGGUUCGCACCUUGCGACUCAGUUGUCGUGGAAGCCUCCGUGUUCAGAUCGAUUUCCGUCCCAAAUUUUUUGAAUGCAAGGAGGAGGAAAGGGCCAAGAUGCUCUCACCAGAAGAAGAGGACGAGUUGUACCGGGUCACAGCCGGAACCGAAGAGGAUGAGAAAAGAGAGGCUUUGAUGUUUCAGGAGCAGCUCGAAAAGAAGAGAGCUGAUGCCGAAAGGCUCAGUAUUGACAUCAUGGGAAAGAUGAAGGCCAGGCAACAGAUCCUCAGUGCAGAUGAAGCACUGGAACGGGCCAAGAGGAUUCGGCACAUGAGAGAUCCUGAGGUGCUGCUCAAAAGGUUCCAACAGGUGACCCAUUGGGCAGGUGCUGUGCUCAAGAUUCGAGAAGAGUUUCGCAAUGCUGAAGUUGAGCGUGCUCAACAGGCAGCACGACAGGCGGAAUUACUGGCAAGUGAAGCCAAAAAAGGUGAGAUUGAAGAAAAGCACAAAACCAGCGUGGGACUUUCAUCAAAGCUCAAGACUUAUGUGCGGACCAGGUACAAGGCCUGGAGCGACGAGAGAGCCUUUAAGGAAGCUGCCUUGGACAAACCCAUCGGCACCGUUGACCCCCAGGAGCUGAUGAAGGCCAAGGCUGUGCCCGGUGCAACUUGGAUGCUGAGCUUAGGUACCGAUGCCCAAAAAAGUUCCACCACCGACCAUUCCAAGACUGAAGGCCGAGCGUUGGGUGGAGGAAUUCCUGGAAGGAUCUCGAAUGAUUUGAAUGGAACGAAUUUGCUCGUCCCGAAUUUGUCACCUUCAAUUGGUGGCAUUUGCAAGAUGCAUGACGUCGCGUCCCGACGCGGGGCCGUGCAUGUGCUCUUCCAUUCACAGCACCAAACAGAGGUUCUGGAUGAUUUCUGGAUGUACAGAAGCUGCAGCUGCAUGACUCUACCUGGAGCCAUUUUCAAAGUGCCCUGCAUGCACUGCCAAUAUGCCGAAGUGUAUGGCAUGAACAUCCUGGUUGCAUGUCUCGAGAAACUGAGCGUUGCUGUGGCAUUUCUUCAUGAGAUCGACAUCCAAGAGUUGGGAUACAGUUGGGAUUGA